CGGCUGUUGAACUUGCCUCAAUCUCCGGUUCAAAGAUGGAACAGAUGAGCCGUGGUCUGCUGCAAAACACAUUCACGUGUGAAUUAUGUGGUUUGUCUACCCCUUUCACAUACUUUGGCCAGAAACCGCCCAAUACCAGAGCCAUUGUAACUGCAGUCUCUUCUACACCGCACGUUUCUGUAUGCGUUGUGUCAACAAAAACCUCCACCAGUUUCCCGGUCCGAUCCAGAAAGAACUAGGCAAGAAGAACCCGACCUCCUUGCCAGCGGUCCCCUGACGACCCUUCCUGGCCAGCGGUCACCUGGGGACCCUUCUAGGCCAGCGGUCCCCUGACGACCCCCCCUGACAUACAAACAACCCCUACGGACAUACAGACGCUGUUUGGCUGUUAGUACUGCUCUAAUGUAAGGCUGGAUUCAAUGAGGCUGUUCAUAUUGGCAGCUAUGAUGAGAUGAGGUCUUUGUUGUAAAAAAUACGAUUUAUUAGUUGUUUCAAUUGUUGUGUAAAACAAGAUUAUUAAUUAAAAUUGAAGGGAGAAAAUGUCAAAAUGAAUCGAGAUUUCAGGAAUGCAGAAGCCAACAUGCUGCUGUGCCCGGGUGUAAAGUUAAACAAUGCAUGCUUAUUGGUGUGAGAUAGUGUUUAGUUGGAGGUACAUCUGGCUAUACUGUAUACCUAUACCGUGAGCGUGGAGAUGAGAGAACCAGAAUCCUGUUUGUUGAAGCUGAAUUAAAAAAAACGUCUGAAAUAUCUUUUGGUGAUAAUAUAAAAAUAUAUAUAUACAUUUAUACUGUUGCUCUGUCUCGCUGCCACUCAAUGUUGGCCCAAAAAAGUGAAGACAUUUCAGUGAGUUAUUAAAUUACAUUUAUUCACUUGGAAAGGCCCACACAAUAAUGUCACUUGGAAAGGCCCAGAUAAUGUAAAUGCAUUAUCUAAUUUGAAGUUUGGAAGAUAAAGAACCAUGAUUUCAUCUAGCUUUGAGCUAUUUCAGUUUUUCUUUGGAUCAUUCAUUGAUGGUAUGAACCUGAAUAUUCCUACUAUGCACAGUUUUUUGCACCUAUCAACCUUGUUGAUCUUCGAAUUGGGAUAAUUUCAAUCGUGAUUUAAACAAUCAAACUAGUUGCAUGGCAGUCAUUAGAUGCCGAGUCUCAUGCAGUUCAAAGUAUUCAUAGCAGGUUACGCUGACAGAGGGCUGGGAGGAGGCUGAACAAGGGGCGGGAACAUGUCUGAACACCAGUGAUAUUGCUUCUCUGUUUAAAUAGUUCCGACGCCCUCCUCUCCACUUGUUGUGUUUGUGUUUCAAUCGCCAUGUUGGCUCGGAUAACCUAACGUGUUGUUUUUCUGCCCUCUUUACUACCUGACAGCGGCGGCGUUUCUAAAAGCGGACGGAGACGCGCUUUCUUCUCAGCGCGGACAGGACUCCCACAUAAUGAUCCUCAAUUCGGAUUGCAUUUGAAGAUUUUUUUUUUUUUGGGAACCUGCGUAACGAAUACUGAGGGACUGUUUUUUUCUGUUAUUUUUGUUGCAUUUGUGCAACAUAAUGUCCGAUGUUCGCCUGUCGAAUGCCAGUCCGACCUUGGAGAGGGGGGUCGGGGACGCGCGUCCAGCCGAGCCAGCGAAGCCCUCCGUCUGCCGUAACCUGUUCGGUCGCUCGGAGCGGGAGGGCUUCGAAAAGGACUGCAGGGCGACUAUGCACACUGCGCAGCGGGCUUUCGCAGAGAGGUGGGAUUACGACACGGUCGAAGAUCAGCCUAUUUCCACGCGAAGUCUUGAGUGGGAGCCCGUCGAGUCUCCCCCGGAGUUCUACGUAAGACCGGCGCACAAGCGACCUUGUCCCCGUGGGAUGUUCGACCCACCUGGAAGCGACUCCCGGCCAGAACCCGGGCAGGACGGGAUACUGCUGAACCGUGAGCCGGUGAAGGGUUCGAGGAAAAGGCGAUCCACACCGUUAGAUGGUUGUUUGUCUGGGUGCCAAACUAAACAUUACCUGUCGGACGAGGAUGAGGACCGCGACCAGCCUGACCCCCUCGGAUUCCCGACCCUAACGCUCGCCGAACAGACCCCGAGAAAGCCUGAGAGCCAAACCAACUCCAAAUGAACUGUGGUGGAUACUGGAGGAGGAGAGAGAGAGAGGAGUCUCAGCAGCCUCUCUGCGAAAGGAGGAGGAGGAGGGUCAAGCACUGAAUAUAUACAACUGUUCAACUUUCGGCACUUGUCAUCAAAAUUGCCUCAAAAGCAGACCAUGUAGCAGCGUGCAAAUGGAUUGUUUUUCCUUUUUGCGCAGAUAUUUCCUACCUUUGUUUCAGAUGUAGCACAUCAUUAUGUAACUGGCUUUUCAUAAAAGUUCUGUUAUUUGACUAUGGUGAUACUUUCGAGACUGUAAAUUGUAAGUGCUGCGGGGAAAUUGCAGUGAAAAUUGAAUUAUGAUUUAGCAGAGCAAUAGACUUGGAAUGUCAGGGUAGACAGAAGUAAAAUGUAUUUUUUUUGCAUAGCUUUAUUUGUCCAAGGGGAUAUGGUCGGUUUUUGGUCCCACUUUAGUAGUUUUUUAGGCUCUGACUUGGGAAACACUGGGGCAUACUGCUGGGACCAGCAAUGGAAAAAUAAUGUUUACAGACAAAUCAUGUCUCCUUUCGUCAUAUUGAAUGACGUUUUUAUGCGUGCCAAUCAUAUCAUUCUCUUUCUAAUUUGCUAACGUUUUGCGUGUUUUGUGUUGGCAUGGCCGGACUGCAGAGGGAUCUAGAAGAAUCAUCUCUUGUUUUCCAAAACGACUCAUCAAUAUGACCAAUAUUACUCCCCUUCUAGGAACCCCACAUACCAGCAAAGUUACACAGUAUGACUGGUAAAAAAAAUGUUUUUGUGGAAUUCAUGUAGAACAUGAGAUUGCACUAUGUGUGUGUGUGACACUGAGAAAAUUAUACUAACUUAUUUAUCUUGAGCUUUUGUCUGUUUACAAGAUGGCUUGCCAAAGUGACUUGAAUGUGCUUUUUCAUAAAUUGUUUUCCUUAUUUGUUUAUGAAGGUAAAUAAAAGGUUGCAAAACUGAGCAAUA